AUGGUGGCUCUUCGAAGAGCAAGGCGUGGGCGUGACGCAGCUUUACGUGAUUAUGAACGCUGAAGCCGCCGUCCACCAUGAGGCUGAAAAAACGGAUCGGAAAUCACGCGACCACGACAAGUGUAUGUGGCGACAUCGGCCGCGGUGGGAGCUUGAGGACGUCUGGACGCACUCGACCGCCGCUUCUACCGCUGCUGCUAUUAUCGACAGUGGCGGAGACCCUCAGGACAUUCCGUCACUUCAGCCAUAUUUGUGGGAGGGUGAAAGCGGCAAUCGCGAAGCUCAGGAGACGAGUGUUGUCGCUGAUGGCGAGAUCCUAGUUCCACACCCUGGAUAUCGAGCUUUGUCGAGAAGCAGUGCGCGAUCGUCUCGGCAUAUGGAGGGCCAGAUUCGUAAUGUCGGUCGUACGAUGCCACCUGGGAGCGAGACUAUCGACCUAAGAUGUCCAUUCGCACGGUUGGCUCGUGACCUGGACUUCCCACUCAACCCGCCCGGUGGGAGGUUUCGUGAAUAUGAUUUACCGCCGGCCUUUGAGAUAAGCCUUGUCAAUAUCGUCCGGGCUUAAUCCUAUAAUGAGUAUCAUCUUGAAGCAAUAAGAGAAGACCGUUGUCGCCUGCGGCAGCGCGAUGCUAGUCAGAUGCCCCGGCUACAGAGCAUCAUGGAGGAAGUGUGAGGGAUCAACUUGGUGUCCGCGUGUAUUGCAAAGCCUACAUAGAG